CCCCGCCGCGGGCAGGCGCGACACCGAGCGGCCGCGCCCGGCCCCGGCCCGGCCCUCAUCCUCCUCCCGCUCCGCGCUGGGCACCCCGGCUAAAACCCGGGGCCUCCCGGCUGGGACUGCCUUCUCCGCUCGGGCCGGGGCGGGCGCUGCGCGCUUCUUCCACCACCCCAGGCGUCAGGUCUCCAGAGAACAAGUCCCGGGGCCAGACGGCGUCAUGGAGCCCCCGCGGGCGCUGCUGCUAAGUUUGGAGGCGCCGGGACCUGCGCCUUUUGAAGACACCCCGCCUGCCGAGGAGCCGCCCGCCCCGGGCAUCCUCUGCACCGAGGGUGGCGGGGACGGCGGCGGCACGUCGGCGGCCCCGAGCCCCGACGCCGAGUCCCCGUGCCCGCAGGGAGAGGCUGCCCCCCGGGAGCCGGAGGAGCCGCUGGGAAGCCGCCGCCGCUGCCGCUGCCGCGCGCGCUCCUGCUCUCUGCCCGCCGACCCGACCCUGCAGGCGGCCACGUUCCUGCAGCGGCGGCAGCCGCCUGCCCCGGGGCCGGAUGCGGAGGGCGGCGAGAGGGCCGAGGACGCGCCGCACGGCCCGGGCUGCUGCGCCAAGUGCAAGAAGCGGGUGCAGUUCGCGGACGCGCUGGGGCUGAGCCUGGCCAGCGUGAAGCACUUCAGCGAGGCCGAGGAGCCGCAGGUGCCGCCCGCCGUGCUCUCCCGCCUGUGCAGCCUCCCGGCGCGCGCCGAGGACCUGGAGCAGCUCCCGGGCCUGCUGGCCGCGGCGGCGGCGGCGGCCGCGCCCCUCCGCGCACCGCCUCCCCGGCUGCGGCCUCUCUUCGAGCUCCCCGGGCCGAGCGCCGCAGCCGAGCGCCUGCGGCGACAGCGCGUGUGCCUGGAGCGCGUGCAGUGCUCGGCACCCUGGGGCGCGGAGGUGACCGGCUCCGGCCGGGUGCUGGGCUGCCCGGGGCCGCGCGUCGUGGCCGUGCGCUACACCUUCACCGAGUGGCGCUCCUUCCUGGACGUGCCGGCCGAGCUGCGGCCCGAGCCAGGGAAGCCGCCGCCUCCAGAGGCGCCGUCGGGGGAGCCGGGGGAGGCCGAGGAGGAGCCGAGCGCCGAGCGCUUCCAUUUCGCGCUGUGCCUGCCGCCGGGCCUGCAGCCCAAGGAGGGGGAGGACGCGGACGCUCCGGGCGCCGCCGUCCACUUCGCCGUCCGCUACCGCUGCGCCCAGGGCGAGUACUGGGACAACAACGCGGGGGCCAACUACACGCUGCGCUACGUGCGCCCUGCCGACGCGCGCUGAGCCCGCAGUCCUCGGCAGCGACGCGGGAAGGGGCCGGCGGCGCGCGGAGCCGGGGCAGCCGCGACGCUUUGCGGAGCGCCAUCCUCCUGGAGAGAGGGAGCCGCUCCCCGCAAGCUCGCACCCCAGACAGAUCCCGCCAGCGGGCACGGAGCCCUACCCGGCGAAGCGCUCUACCUUCCCGGCCGCUUUCCCGUCGCUUUGGCCUCUGGAGUUCUCGCCGCGCGUCGAAUGGGAAGAAAUCCUCAAGAUUCCGAGCAGUGGCUUUCUCCACGAAAAAGGCUCCUGACUCCGGAGCGAGGCUGCAAAACCUUGGGAUGUGUUUUUAACUGUGGACGUCCCCUCGGGUCUCAGGGCACCGUCGAAGCAUCCCGCCGCCUCGCGGCGAGGGACGGCGUGAACUGCGGGCCCGCGGGAGCCCGCGGCCUGUUUCUCGAGAAAACCAGGUGGGGCCUUGGCCGGGCAGUCCUUUUCUCUUACGUAGGAUCUGGGAAAUGUUUGCUGAGGCUCGUGCACUUGCGUACAAAUGUCCUUUUGAAAAGUAAAGGCCACGUGCACGUCUGUUACUUGGUAUUUCAGCUCCCGGCAGUUUGGGAGACCUUGGCAGCCGGGCCAUCUUCUUCAGCGGAUGAUGCUGCACUUUAAAAUAGUCAAACAACAAUAUUUUCAGAUUUCCCUUCUUUCAUCCCUCCUGUCUGAUGUGGAAAGGCCCAGAUUUCCCACAAUGGGCUAGAGCGUUCUUAAAAGUGUUCUGGAGAAGUCGUUCUUUCCCCGGGCAAAAUAAGAUGCUUGGUGAGUUGAAAUGCCGGCGUAAUCGGCAGGCCUUGGCGGUGAGCCGUCGGAGGCGGUCUUUGGCCUCCAGCCUCCAGCCGCGAUGUGUAGGCAAAGCACAUCGUAGCUGCUAGACUCCUGGGCCAUUAGCAGUCAGAGAAGCCGGACUCUCGGUGGCUGGACUCCAGGCCGGGGAGAUGAGGGACGGAAAGGUGGCCUUCUGUCCCUCUUGGAGCCACAGCAGGGAGUGGUGGCUUGAAUGAUGAAGCAUGCCCAGCAAGAAAAUCCUGCUCCGAAUCCGGUGGGCACCAGCCUGGUUGGCCUUCUUCGUUCACUGCUGAUGGCUGUGGAUGCCAAGAUCAGGGCUGGCGGGCCUCCUGAGGACUGGAUUUCUUCAUACCUUGGUCCUGCCUUGGUAACUUGUCUUUCUCUGGUUUUCACAUGUUCGAGCACAGGGCUAGUACAAUCAGUUGGUUUUGUAAUGCUGAUCUUUAAGGAGGGAUUGUUUCACUGUUGCUUCCUAAGAACCCGGGUAGGUAUCCUACAGCCCAUGGGCCAAAUUCAGCCUGAAGCCUGUUCUUGUAGGGCCUGAGAGCUAAGAAUGUUUUUUACAUUUUUAAAUAUUUGGAAAAAUUCAAAAGAAGAAUACUAUUUUCGUGACACAUGAGAAUUGUAUGAAAUUCAAAUUUCAGUGUCCAUAAAUAAAGUUUUAUAGGGACACAGCCAUGCACGUUCAUUCACAUACUAUCCAUGAUUGCUUUCCUGCUACAAGAGUAGAGUAGAGCAGAUGCAACAGAGACCAUAUGGCAAAGUCUAAAAUAUUUACUAUCUGGCCCUUUAUAGGAAGUCUGCCAACCCCUGCUCUAGAGAAGUAGUAUUUUUUUUUAAACUAUAUGUUGAGAGUCAUACUUAAUAAAGCAGUUAAACUUUUCGUAAAAUUUGUCACUUGAAGUGAACCUCCUUUGGGUAAAGAUAAAACUGGUUACAUUACUCUCAGGAAACUUGGCUGGUUACAGUAAACACUAAGACACCAAAUGUACAAUUAUUACUGUACUGGGGAGGAGAAUCUACCUGCUUCUUACUUCUAAGAAAUAACAGAAAGUCAAGGCAGCUAAAAUAUAGCACCCAUCUGAAUUAACAUCAAGCUACAAAAAACUGCCAGAUAUUUCGAUGCCUCAAAAUGGGAUGUCUCAAGCUAUAGGAAUAUUUAGAUUGAACUCUGGUUUGUAGACAUCCUUUUUGACUAUAGCAGUAUUUGCCAGGGGUAACUGAUCAUGAAAAAAAAUUGAAGUACCAAUUUAUUAGUGGAAAGCCAUAAAGUUAAUGAAUUACAAUUUACUCUUGGAGUAAAGCAGACUAAAAAAUGGUCACGUGGAUGAAACAAUACCUAAUUCACGUGUGCUUAUAAAAAAUCAAUAACAACAAGCAUUUAUUAGAAUUACAUAACUUAUUUUUCUGCUACUAAAUACAAAUGCAAUCAAGCCUUUUCAUUCUAUGUCUGGUAUUGGGCCUGGUAUAUCACUUCCUUUUUAAAAGCACAUUAUUGCAUAAUAACAACACCUAAAUACAUUUUAUGUUUUUCUUAUGUAUUUAUGAAUACAUUUUAGUUGAAAAGUAUUGAUAGUGUAUAUGGCCUAUAAGACAGUUUGAAAUGCUAGUUUAUAUGGUAGUAAUGCACUCUUUUGAAUUGUUUUAGAUUACUUAAAAUUAAAUUAGGAACACAAUAUAAUGAUCAAAAUAGAGAGCCUCUUGUCUGGUAUCUUUUAAAAUGGUAACCCAUUAAAUCUAGAAUAAAAUACAUAAGAAAUGGAUUUUUAAGAGGUAUUUACAGCAAAAAUUUUAUUCUUAUAAAAACCAUUACUGAUUUUCAAAAGUAUAUUUUGGAAUUCAAACAAUUUUAAGAGUACUUAUUUAACAAUAUAAGAACUUCAAACGUGGCUGUUGGGAAAGGAAAUCUAGUUUUGUUCUCCCAUAAAUCUUGGAGAAAAGCUCUUCUAAGGUUCAGAAAUUUGUAAAAUAUUUUCAGUAGCCCAGUUUUUCUGCAUGUGGUUAUAGCCUUUCAAAAUCCUAGAACUGGCAGUC